AUUCAUAGUACGUCUCGGACUCUAGACCUGUCGGAUGUGCCUUUCCCACCUGUCCUAUUGUUUUUUUGUUCUUCGCUCCUCUUCAAAUCGCUGCCAAUCAGAAAGAAAAAAGUGUGACAACAAGGGAUUGUUCGCUUCCUCGCUCCCCCCCUCCCCCAUUGAUCUGUUGAGUGAUUUAUCGGAGUUUGUUUUCUCGCAAUUGAUUCUGUCUCGUUAUCUCGACUCAAGCAAAUCGUGAGGGAAAAAGAAAAAGAAAAUCCUUCGGCGGAUCGCUAAAAGAAAAUGACUUUUACUUUCCGUCUGAGUUUGCUGCUGCUCGUAGCCGCAUGGAAUUUCGAACCGGCCUCGGCGGCCAACAUCCUCUUCUUAUCGCCCAUCACCUCCUACAGUCACACGCAUUUCUUCUUUUACACGAUCAAGGCAUUAGCCAGCCGCGGACAUACGAUUACUCACUGGAAUGGAUUAAAGCCGAGGGAGGACAUAAGAAACGUCACUCACUUGCACUCGGCCGGUAUGCAGAAACUGAACAGCCGACACGACAUCGGUUUCGACACCAACAACCCGCUCAAACUGUGGCUCAAACAUCCCGAACGCAUGGCCAACAUUUGCAAAACGUGUUACAACGACCCCGUCUUUCAUCAGCUGAUUACGAGCAGAGAACAAUUCGAUUUGGUUGUCAUCGAAGCGUUUAUGAACGAGUGCAUGCUGCCGCUGGUGCAACACUUCCGCGCGCCUUUCAUCUAUAUGAGUGGACUACCGCCGCUACCGUGGAUGCUCGAGUCGACGUGCUCGCCCAUGUCUAUUCAAGAGUACCCGGUUCUCGUCACGGAUUUCACCAGCGAAAUGAACCUGGUCCAGCGCACCAUCAACAUCGCAAUCAGCACGAUGAUGGUUUACUUCAGAAAUUGGUUUAUACUGCCCAGGGUGGACGUCGAGGCCCGACACGCAUGGAUCAACUCCAGCGAGCCACUUCCCACUGUCAAAGAGAUCGAAAAUCGAUUAAGCCUUUUCAUUGGAAACAGCCAGCCAAGCAUCACCUACCAUUACUUCAAGUCAUCGACCAUCGUUGAUGCUGGAGGGCUUCAUUUGCGACCGCCCAAACCGCUACCAAAGGACGUAGAGACUUUUGUGAAUGAGUCUGGCGAAGCGGGAUUCAUCGUGCUGAGCUUCGGCUCCAUCGUACACGGGUCUGGCAUGCCGGAGGCGACUAGGAAGAUCUUCGUGGCCGCUUUCUCCCGUCUGCCGCAACGCGUUCUCUGGAAAUGGGAGGACGAGUCGGGCAUGACGGAUCUUCCGCCCAAUGUCCGACUCUACACCUGGCUUCCUCCGCUAAUUGACCUCCUGGCGCAUCCGAAAAUGCGUUUGUUAAUGACCCACGGGGGACUUUACAGCAACCAAGAAACCGUAUGGAGCGGCGUACCACUAAUCGGCUUCCCCGUUUUCGGGGACCAAUCGAACUACGUCGCAAAGGCGGAAAAAGAUGGCUACGCUAUUAAAUUGGACUGGAUGACGCUAACAGAAGAUGUCCUCUACAAUUCGAUUCACGAAAUCGUCACGAAUCCAAAGUACAAAGAGAACGUUCAAAAGUUGUCUAGUUUAAUGAGAGAACAAAUCGAAAUGGAUCGGCCACUUGAACGUGCUGUUCACGCUAUCGAGCACGUCGCACGUCAUCAUGGUGCACCUCAUUUACGUCCGGCUUCGUGCAGACUAAACAUGUUGCAGCGUGAAUCAAUGGACGUGACGCUAUUACUGGUGCUAAUUAUACUGGCUCUGGCUUACCUGGUUGUUUCUAUCGUCCGUGUAACGGCGUCCGGAGUUUUGAAAUGGGCCAGGACAGACCAAAUGGAGAAGAAAACCCAGUGAAUUCUGAAAAUGAAUUGAACAAAAAAACAGGUUUUAACAUUUUUUAAAAGAUACGCUGACCAAUCUAUUAUUUUAGUGGAAUUAAAACAAUAUUGUUAAUCAAAUAUCGACCUGUAAUAUCCUAAACGUUGAAAUUUCAUCGCGAUUUCUGUGUCUCUGUUUCUCUCAUCAUCCCACAAUUACCUAAAAAUGACUUUUUUUUCCCCAAACUAUGCCCUUUCGCCCUUAAAAAAAAUACAAAACUUUGUGUGAAUACGCUUGACAAUAUACGAGUACAAUCUUUU